CCAAUGACCAAAGCAUCCAGGAUGGAGACAUGUGGUGUGAAGUGGACAGACAUGCAUCGUCUGGCAGACCGGGUUCACCUGGAGGAGCUGGUGAAGGUCGGGAUCCUGCGUGGGAACGUGGAGGAGAUGCUGAAGGUUCAUCUGGGCUCUGUGUUCAUGCCACACGGUCUGGGUCACAUGCUAGGCAUCGACGUCCACGACGUGGGAGGAUAUCCAGAGGUGCGUAUUGAGGAUGAUAUCGCUGUGACGGCUGACGGCGUGGAGCUGCUGACCUGCGUUUCUCGAACCGUGGAGGAGAUCGAGGCCUUCAUAGCGGAUGAAACGCCCAAAGCCUUCAGUCCCAUCAGCAGCCAGAAACUCUGAAG